AUGGACACCAAUACCGCUGGCCCAGAUCCUGAACUUCCCAAGUACUCCUGUCGCACUCAAGAGGAUACAGACCCAAGCUUUGGUCCCGCUCCUAUUUCCCAUCUUGAGGGCACUACUGGCAACAACGCGCCAGACAAGGCCGAUUCCCUCGUCAUCGGUUUCGGUCCCCUCAUACCACGCUGGGACGUCACACCACCCGGUGGCAGGAAACUCCAAUACUUUGUCAGAGUGGACACUUUUCCAGAUACCACCAAGGCAAAGUUUGCAGCCAAAGAAUUCCAAGCCGCUGCCGAUUCCUGGGCCAAACUCCAAAUUGGCCUUGCCUUCUCCGAAACGACUAAUCGAGAUAACGCAAACUUUUACCUCGUAUAUCAAGUCAACACGCAGUUUGAUGAGGGAGUGCUAGCUCAAGCUUUCUUCCCGCAUGAGGUUGAUCAGGAUGUGAUUGUUUACUCGCAUGCCUUCGAGGGUAGAAAUCCAUCCAUCUUGAAAGAAAUCUUCCAGCAUGAAAUCGGUCACAUUCUUGGUCUUCGACACGAAUUUGCCAUUGAAGGUGAUGACCUGGGCAACAAGCCUGAGGGCUUUGGUGCUAAGCUGUUCAUGGAGAAGAAUCCCGAUUCAGUCAUGAGCUACAAUAUGCCACCCAAAAUUCAGGAUAGUGAUCGCACGCAAACUAUUGAGUUCUACAAAUUGCCCAAUGGAUCCAUGAUCGAUGACAGUCCUAUUACGGACUAUCAGCCCAAGAUCCGUCGCAAGAACCGAUAG